AUGUCUGCAGAGAGCACCGCGGCGCAGGCCGGUAGCACGCCUGAUACACGCGCCACCUCUUUGCGUUCUCGCAGUGGCUCUGUAUCGGGUGAUGCACCUGCGCCUAUGACUUUUUAUGGGGGGAAUCCCUUACCCCUACACCUAACCCCCAUUCUUAGCAAGACGCGCCCCGCCGGCCCGGCCUCGGAAGAAUCGGGUAUUUCCCAAAUGCUGCAGCCGUUUACCGAUGUAAGCACGGGCGUUGCUGUUCCGAUAUGUGUGCCAUAUACGCCCGCGCAAUGGUUUGCCUGGCGGGAUCUGCGACUACAAGGCGCGCAUCGCGCGCGCAAGCUCGUGCCGCUCCCCAACGGCAUCGAGCCCGAGCCCAGUAAUAUCGAUCCGUACGAUGCAGAUAUCAAUGUUGAGCAAGCGCCCUUGUUUAUCACUCGCGGUGCACUGCACGACACGGUUGGCUGGGAGGCACAAGCCGAGCGCACGGGUCGGCAAAAUGUGCAUCCCGAGAAAGAGGAAGCGCAGAAGGGACUGACGAUGCAUGCAGCAACGGAGGAGCAGUGGAAUGCUCCGUGGAUGUUUGACGAGACGCUUGGUGCGGGCCCCGCAAGUGCAAAGGUGCCGCUUGAGGGCGUGAGCGAGGAGAAAGUUGCACAGAUGACCGACUGGCAGCUUUUCCAGUACCACACACGCGCUUUUUUGCUGCGGAAUGCUUAUGUUCCGCUGCUGUGUCGCGCUGUGAACGUCAUGCUUCUUACAUCGACCCUUGCUAUUGGCAUUGUGUUGCGCCGAAAGCUGCGCGCGGUGGGAGAGGAGGCCGCGGUGGGAGUCAGUCCGUUGCUCGCAAUUAUAUUUUCGCCGCCCUCCAUGGCGCAUGCAAUCCUGCAGAUUUGGUUCGAGUACUUUAGCUUGCCGAUUGGGCUAUGGAAACUUUCCUCCAAGCUUUGGUACACCGUGCUCGAGCUGGUCUUUGUGUGUCUCUGGUCGGCAGAGCUAGCACUUGCGAUGGACAACUACUUUACCUCGACAAUUGUAUGCACCGCGUCAAACUCGCCAUUUUAUUUCAUCCGCGAAGGCGCUCGAACGCGGCUUGAGCACCAGGGCGACAAGGAUACAGUGUGCAAUUUACAAGUCGCGCUUAUCUGUCUCACAUUCGUGUCGGUCAUUGUAUACCUUAUGGUAUUUAUGCUCACACAGAUCUCGCUCUUGCGCAUUUUCUAUCGAAUUCGUACAUAA